AUGGAAGACUUAGAUCCUGCGCCGGUUCCAGCUCCUGGAAAGACCAACUCCUCCACCAAACGCGAGGUUCUUCGCAAAAUCAUCAACCCCAAACGAAUUCUCAGACUCGCUCAUCGGGCCAAGACACCCACACCAAAACCAGGACCAUCCCCAUCGGCAAGCAAGAGACGCCCUCAAGUGUUGAGUAUUGCUUCUCUACUCACCCUGAAUGUCUCGGUAGAGUCAGCAGCCAUGGAUAAUGUGGUUGAUUUGGUCAGCGAUAGCGAUGAUGAUGAAGUUGAGAUCAAAUCAGACAGCCCUAUCAUCAUUGAUGAUCCUUAUGUGAUUCCUUCCUCACCACCACGUGCUCCAAAUACGGUACCGCAAACACCUCUACAACAACAAGAUGCACCAAAUGGGUACAUGAAUGGCGCUCUUCCUGGUAUCAAUCAAAUGUUACAGCCCCCCAAUGGAAAUGCAGCAGAUGGUUGGCAAAGGUUUGGCGAUUACGUUCUGGAUGAAGACUUGAAUGAUGAGAUGAUUGCCCGAAUGUAUGGACCUCAAGAUGCACAAGUUGGACUGGAAGCAAAUCCAUGGGUCCUUGAACAGCCCCAAGGUCCUCCUGUACCGCCUGCGCAACCCGAUCCACCCGCUCAGCAAUUUCAACCAGAGGGAAUAGAACCUCAACGAGAAACUCGCUUAGGUUGUAUCGACGCUGUUCUUGCCAUAUUUCCAGACAUUUGCCGAGACCACGUUGGGAAGUUGUAUGAGACGAUCAGUUACUCGUCUGACCUGAUCAUUGCUCACAUUCUCGACAAAACUGAAAAGGGCUCACCAUAUCCCAAGGCAAAGGAUAUGCAAAAGACUCUCAAGAGAAAGAGACAAAUCACGGAGGAGGAUGCGGCAACUUUGAAGUAUGGAGCGGCUGAUUCUCCUGAGCCGCUGCGGGAAAUUCAUGCCGACAUGUAAGUUUGACUACAAUUCCAAAGGCGUGAGCAUUUGAUGUGAUGUUGGCGACUAUCUUCAAGUCUGCAAAAACUUCAUCCUUACCAAGUACCCACAUAGCAAGAUUAUUCAAGUGACAAUGAAGACUAACAAUUCCUAGACGCACCUUUCUGAGCUUCGAAUUCGCAUUAACCCCUAUGAGUUUUAUCGAUGCUACUCUCAACCAAACUGGAUAUCGAUUGUUCCAUGCCUAUCGAGUCCUUGAGCAAGCACAGAGAGAAUGGGAACCCCAGAACCCGCCAUAUAUGAAGCUGAGAUCUCAAAGAAGAACGCAAGAUAAAUUCUCAGAACGAACCAUUCAAAAGAAUCUCGACUCUGGUCAUGACGAGAGAGUCAGAGUAGAAUUCUACCUUGAAAUACAGGCUGCAAGAAAAGUCAGAGCAAAAGCCGACGCAGUUCGGGAAGCUCAACGAUUGCAUGAAAUCGAGGAGGCAGCCAAUGAGCAAAGAGCGCAGCGUGAUGGAACCAUGUCAGAAUGUGGAUGCUGCUUUGGAGAUUAUCCAAUGAAUCGAAUGAUCCAUUGCGAUGGUGAUACUCUACAUUGGUUUUGCAGAGGCUGUGCGAAAAAGAUGGCAGCGACAGAAAUCGGCGCUUCCAAAUAUGAGCUCCAUUGCAUGUCGAUGGACAGCUGUCAGGCUGGGUUUUCCAACGAUCAACGAUUAUUGUUUCUUGAUGAACACACAUUGGUCGCAUUGGAACGAACUGAACAAGAGGCUAUGUUGCGAAUGGCUGGCAUUGAGAAUCUUGCAAGUUGCCCUUUUUGUCCCUUUGCAGCCGAGUACCCACCCGUGGAAAUCAACAAGGAAUUUAAAUGCCAAGCACCAGAUUGUGAGAAAAUCAGCUGUCGACAAUGCAAACUCGAAACACAUAUUCCAAAGAGUUGCGAAGAAUCUGCAAGAGAAAAUGGGCUUUCAAUUCGUCGACAGAUUGAGGAGGCAAGAUCUGCAGCACUGAUCCGGAAAUGUAACAAGUGUGGUACUUCUUUCAUCAAGGAGGAAGGCUGCAACAAGAUGGCAUGUACCAAAUGCGGGAAUAUACAAUGCUACGUUUGUUCCAAAUCAUGCGGCUACGAUCACUUCAAUGAUCCACACCGGGGAGGUAAACCAGGUAACUGUCCAUUGUUUGAGGACGUGGAGGCGCGUCAUGAUGAGGAAGUCGGAAAAGCCGAGAAGGAGGCUCUUGAAAAGAUACGAGCUGAACAUCCUGAAUAUACGGAGGAGGACUUGAGAAUCAGGUUUUCUGACGAAGUGAAGAAGGAUGAAGAGCGUAGAAAGUCUAGACAUCCUGGGAUGGCAGGUGUACCAAUGGGUCAUCCCGGUCUGCAAAGAGCAAUACAUGGUUAGUUGGUAGUUUUCUUUGGUUGUCUUGGGACAUGGGCGGC